CAGGACAGGACGGGGCAGGACGGGGCAGGACGGGACUAGACAUUACAGGAUUGGACAGGACAGGACAGUCCAUCAUGCGCAAUCAUCACUCCAAGGACAGAGUCUGGCAUGAAGCACGUACAAUACACACAUGACCCUUUAUAAUGGCGACAAUAAAGUCGCAUUGGAGCAGUCUUGAUCGCAAGCUCUUGACAGCAAGGCCUGUCUGUCAGUCUGUCUGUCAGUCUGUCACGUAUCAAGACCCAUCAAUCCACCCAUAUACCUACCUAGCUAGCUACCUAGCUAGCCAGACAAUAUACAAACGAAAUACAAAAAAAAAAACAAAAAAGCUUCAAAACUCCAAAGUGCAAACCACACACACCCCAUCCCAUCCCAUCCCAUCCCAUCCCAUCCCAUCCCAUCCCCCGACCAUCACUCUCCCUCCCUACCAGGCGCCAAAAAAAAAAAAAAAAAAAGAGUGCAUCCCACUCCCCCGCAAAGAAAAAAGAGAGACCCCAGACGUCGGCGCAGCGCGGAUCGGUCCGCUAAAUGGCACUAACUAUACUUUAGUACUCAGAAAGAAAAAAAAAAAAAAAGGUGCAAACCCUACCAAAAACACCCCUCUUAUUCAAGGGGAGACUCAUGCCGCAGCCUUCCGCACACUUACACACACAGUUACACACACACAAGGGACCUUUUCCUUCUAAACUGCGGGGAGGUCUAAGGAAGUCUAGGGAAGUCUGGCGUAGUCUGGGGAAGUCUAGGGAAGUCUAGGGUAGUCUUGUUGGGGCGCAAGGGUUUAGUUAGCUGGGCCCAACCCCACCCCCAAACUCGAACGACCCAUGGGAAUGGGUACAUGGGACAUAUAUAUUAGUAGUACCAA